AUCGGCAAGCACAGACAGAGUUUUACAUUUCACAGUUGCGUGGCGGUGGCACGUGUGUACGUCGCGAUAGUAGUUAAGUAUACGCCGAUGACGGCAACAGAACGAAAAAAAAGAAAAAAAAUAAAAAAAGAAACGACAAAUUUUAUGGAUUUUAUUUCAACUAGCGGCGGUACAGCGGCGGCUAUUCCAAUUUUCGUCGACAGCUCACCCUGAAGGAAAAUGACUUACUUAUAAUUAACUCGCAGGCAACAGCAGUGCACGCAUUUUUUUAUCGGUUUACGUUACGUGCACAACGAUAAUAAAGUCAAACGAGCAGACGACGCAGGCGCAUGCAGACAUGCAGGAAAGCGCAUGCGAUAAUAAUGCGUGAAGCGAAUCGUCGAUGGACUCGAGCUCGUUCAAUCGGCACUUUUUCGGCUCCGUUGCAUCGCGUGAGUGUAUAAACGAGCUCGAGCUUUUCCCUUGCAAAUCAUUAUCAAUUAUUGUUGCAGUGAAUCUCGGGGCACUGUGCGUCGGUCUGGCGAUCGGCUGGCCCGGGCCCGCCUUCGCUUAUCUCUACGGCGACGAGCACACGCAGCUGGAUUACAUCGACGAGACGUGGGUCGAGUCGGCGAUCAACGCCGGCGCCUCGCUUGGUAGCAUAGCCUCGAUCUUCGUCACGGACGCCUACGGGCGCAGGCCGGCCUUUAUGCUGUCCGGCUGCCUGCAGAUCGCCUUCUGGAUCGGCCUCUGCGUCUCGGGCCAUAUCAACAGAAUCUGGAUCGCCUCGUCGGCCUUCGUCGCGGGCCUGGGCGUGGGCGUCUACGCCGUGGCGGCGGUGCUCUACGUCGCGGAGAUCGCCUCCACGGAGAAUCGCGGCCUCGUCGGCGGUGCCAUAAUGCUGUCCGGCUAUCUCGGCGUCUUCCUGAUGAAUCUGCUGGGCUACCUCGUCGACGUGGCCAUCGUCCUCGACCUGAUGGUCGCCGCUCCGCUACUCUUCUGCGCCAGCGUCUGCUUCCUCAUGCUCGAGUCGCCCUUCUAUCUCUUCCAGACCGGCAUGGUGCUCGAGGCGAAGAUCGCCCUUAAGAAUCUGCGCAAUCGCCGAAGCGUCCUGGAGAUCGAGCCCGAGUACCAGUCCAUGGUCGUGUUCUUCAACUCGAGCCUGGCGAAGCCCGCGGGCCGUCUGCUGCUCGAGUCGCUCUGCCCGCUGCGCGAGGAGCUGCGCAGUCCGCUGGCGCUGCUCGUCGUCCCGCUGCUCUGCGUAAGUCAGAUGCUCGGCGUCGUCGCCGUGUCCAGUUACGCCCUGCUGCUCCUCGAGCAGGUCCUCGAGCAGCCCCAGGCGGGCAAAGUCGUCGCCUCCUUGGUGGACGUGCUGUCGAUCGUCCUGUGCCUGCUGGCCAUACAGCGCUUCGGGCGCAAACCGCUGCUCACCUUCAGCAUCGUGGGCUCGGGCCUGUGCUGCCUCGUGCUCUCCGUCUACUAUCUGGCCAGCGAGGAGAGAUGCCUGACCAAUGCCCUGCCGAAGGAAAGCAAAAUCCUGCCGAUAUCCGUCAUGUGCCUCUACUACGCGAUCUACUCGCUGGGCUUGACCCCGGUCCUGCCCAUAGUCACCGGCGAGAUCUUCCCCAGCCAGGCCAAGAGCGCCGCAGUCGGCAUAUGCACGUCGCUCGUCUAUCUCGUCGCGUUCUGCAUGCAGCGCUCGUACGAGGCCCUGAACCAGCGCGCCAGCUCGUGUCUGGCCUUCGCCAGUUUCAGCCUGCUCGGCUCCAUCGGGCUGCCGUUCGCCGUCACGCUGCUGCCCGAGACCAAGGGCAAGAGUCUGCUGCAGAUACAGAACGAGCUCGGCAACAUCAUGAUGAAUUAUUAAGACUAUAGCGUGGCUGCUGCAGUGUUCCUUCGUUACGAAGUGCGCGAACUUUUGGCAUCUGCACCUGAGAGGAAGUAUUGGCUUGCGAGUCCGUAAUCUUUUUGAUCGAUACCGAAUGCUUCGGAUAGGCCGGAAAGUACUUUAGUCAUUCGUAAACUAAUUUUCAUGCAGUUACUUUUAAUUUUCUACAUUUGUAAUGUGUAAAGGGAUACCGAUGAUUUCUAGACGUCCGCGUAGCUUUUUCAAAGUAUUAUUAUUGAAUAUGUGCACCCAUUCAUUAUUGAGGUAAUCUUUGAUUUUACUUAUAUGGUUGAUUCUCCUGAAAUCUGC